AUGCCUUCCCCGAUUGUAACGGCCACGCUUCAGGCGUCCACACUUUCGACCGUGUCAAACCUUUGCGCCCAGUUCAUCCAGGCGUACCAGGAACAGCGACCAUUCCGCCUGGACCUGAUCCAGCUGCUACGCUUCAUUAUCCUCUCCGCCGUCACGUGUCCGCCCAAUUUUCACUGGCAGCAGUUCCUCGAGCGGAGUUUCCCAGCCUACCCGUUGCCCGCACAUGCGCCGACGGACCGUUCCGCCGAGAUCGAGCUGAAGCGCCUCGACAGCGAACCCUCGCGGCUCGAGGAUGGCACCGUCGUCGCGCCGGAGCCCCAGUUCAGCUUGCGCAACACGCUGACCAAGUGGUUCGUCGACUGCAUCACCAUGGGCGCCAUUAUGAACACGGUUGCCUUUCUCGUCAUCAUGGGCGCGCUAAAGGGCCAGGGAUUAGGUCCCAUCUGGUACAACGUCGAGACGCAAACGAUCCCGAUCAUUGUCGCGGGCUACAAGAUUUGGCCUCUGGCGUCUAUCAUCAGCUUCAGUUUUGUACCUGUUCACAGACGCGUUGUGUUCCUGAGCUUUAUUGGCUUGAUUUGGGGUGUCUACAUGAGCCUUGUUGCAGCAAAAGUUUAA